UAACUGCAAAAUAACCGUCUCCUACCACGCCGCAAGCAAAAACAACGAGCUUCCCUCUCCUCCGCCCUCAUUCCCUCCGACAUGUCGCAGCCCGCCCCCUCGUAGAAGAGACGGCACAAUUUACACUUCGCCCCCUCCAAAUCUUCUCCUCCUCCUCCUCCUCCUCCUCGCCGUCGCCGCCGCGAGCGGGCGCGCUAGGGUUUCGGGCCGCCGCGGCGUCCUCCUCCUCCUCCUCCUCUUGUUCUGGUGGUCAGCGGGGGCGCGCGUCCGAUGUCGUCGGGGGCAGCGGCGUCGGCGGCGGGGGUGGAGGCGGGGGCGGCGGGGGGCGGGAAGGACGACGAGCUGGCUGAUCUGGUGCGGCGCCUAGUGGACGCCCUCGCCCGCUACUCCGAUCGCCUCCCGUUCGACCUCGAUCGCCAGAAACUUCGCUCAUUUACUACACUUGCCGCAAUUACAAUCACACUUAUCUUUGCCUGGAAACUGUUGAGAGCUCCUCAAGAGCAACCUCGGAGGCCACGUAGACGCGUUGCUCCAUCACCUAGCAACACCAGCAGUAGAUCACGGCCAGGUGCUUUGACCUCAACGGAUGCUUGUUCAUCUUCAGCAGAUUCAAGAGCACAGGAAGCAAUCAACCAGCUUUUCCAGCCAGUAAACCUGACUCUUGAGCAGCUUGUUAGGCAUAAACUGAGCGAAGGACGAAGGGUUACAUGCCGGUUACUUGGUGUGAUUUUGGAGGAAACAACUCCAGAGGAGCUCCAGAACCAUGUCACAGUGAGACCUUCUGUCCUGGAGGUUCUUCUAGAAAUUGCAAAAUUCUGUGAUGUCUAUCUGAUGGAGCGCAUUCUUGACGAUGAAAGCGGAGAAAAGGUGUUAUCUGCCCUGAGUGAAGCUGGACUUUUUACGAACAGUGGAUUGAUAAAGGACAAGGUUCUCUUCUGUAGUACAGAAAAUGGCCGCACCUCUUUUGUGCGGCAACUGGAACCUGAUUGGCACAUUGAUACUAGUCCAGAAAUUGUUCAUCAGCUAGCUAGGUUUAUCAAAUAUCAACUACAUAUUUCUCCACAACGAGCAGAAAGAGUAGCAUCCAAUGUUUUCAGCUCUACAAGCUUGGAACAAUUCUUUGGAGGCCUUGAUCAGAGAUGAUAAUAUGAGGUGAGCUCCAGCAAACAAUGGCAUAGCGAGAACUGAGACGAACAUCAUUGUUCAUUUUUUUUCCUUGAAUGAUGGAACUCGUUUUUCUUGUACCAUGUGUAAAAGUCGUGUCAUGUUAAACUGGUUCUGCAACUCCCCAUAAGCUAUGGAAAGAGAUAGCAUCUGUAGCAUAAUCCAUGUAUCAAUUGUGUUCCUGUAUAACCGAAAUACUUAAAAUUGUCAUCCAGUUAUUUGUUCGGCCA